AUGUACAAAGGCACAACAGGCAUGUCAAGAUCAUGGGGAAACAAGCUUGCCAAGGGCCGCAUACUGAACAUGAGGGCGCAACAACAGGGAGACAGUGGAUACGAUGCGGAGAGAAGAGGCUUUGCUAUUGACGCUAGAUCCGUUAACGAAAACUUCAGAGCAAUGCAAACGUUGACCUGGUCUAGUGCUAGACAAAUGCUGCAUACCGUAUAUGUUCAAGCCAUCAAUAUAAGCCAGUACACAUAUAGUCAUUGUUCUCUCAUGUCUGCCUCAUCUCUUACCCUGAGGUUGUCGUUCUUGCCCUACGAUCUUCUAGCUCCAAAUACUGUUUUUAUCAUCAAAGUCUUAUCACAUAUACCUAGACUUUGGGCAUUAACUUCUGCAAGUGCCAAUGGAAAUGCACCAAUGAUUUCCAAGUCACGAUCUGCAACUGAAUCUAUUUCUAGUACCUAUGGCAGUGCCUAUGAUGAGCGUUGUGUACUUGAGCACAGCAUACGGUCAGAGUAUGAGGACAAAACUUCUGAGACUCUACCUAUUUCCGUCACCACAUGGCGUCCAGACAGUCCACAUGACUCUCGUUACCGAGUCAAAACCAGUCACGAUUUGGAGAAGAAAAUUUCAACUCCUUGCUACGCACCUGGUUUAUUGAACAAGACACUUGUACCUACUAAUCUUCGUGAUUUGGAUAAUAUUGGUCUGACUGAUGUGAUCCCCUGA